CUUAUUUUUUAUUUUGAAAUUGGAUAAAAAUGAUCACAAUGUUUUCAAUUCACAUCCCAAUUUAUUGAAGAAAAUAAAUAAAAGUACAAGAUUUGAAACGAGGUAAAAUGUACUUUUUAACAUUGUCCCAACCUUAAUAGCACAAAUAAAAUGUAAUUAUUAUACCUAAUAGCAAGUUUUAUGGAAAAAACAGUUGUGAAUGUUAAAUAAAAAUACAUAUAUGCCAUGCGAAAUUAACAAACUAAUAUAAAUAUCAAUGUGAAUCAUCAGUUAUAAUGUACAUUUGCAAGAGGUUGAGAUUUAAGUGAAAUAAAAUAUAAAACAUUUCUGAUUAGCCAUUACACAUGCUAUAUAACAGAAAAUAAUGCAAAAUAAUCACAAAAAAGUGGAAAAAUUCAGACAUGUGCCCUCUAAAUAUGCUUUGUAAUAAGUAUUCAAAGACUAAGGUCAAUAGGUUAUAACAUAUAGAUAGUAAGAAUCGUUCAAACAAAAUUUUGAAAGUUUUCAGUGUAACAAGUGAAUUAUGAAAAAUAAGUUAAUUGUUUCGAGUUCUUCUGGUACUAAUGGAGGAAUAGCAUUUUUUUCCUUGCAUAUGCUUCAGAUAAUCUAUAAAAAAGUAUCCAUAUCUGUUGGAAAAAACUAAAAGCUUCUAUUAUGGGUAUUGCUUCAAGUUACACCCAUUAAACUUUUAUGCACACACUACAAUUUCAAAAAAAUAUAAUUACAUCUAUUUACUUUGAAUCACUAUCAUUUACUCAUAGAAAGUUUCAUUCACUAGAUUGGUCUCUUCAAUAUUAUUUGAGUUAUUCUUUAGAUCGAAAUUUUAAAAAUAACUACAUAUUUACAUUAUAUUACAAUAACUAAAUACUAUACAUUAUUUAUUUCUUUACCUGUAAAACGAAUUGACAAAAAUUUAAUGAAUAAAUUAUAGAAUACCCUUUUAGAAAAUGAAUAGGUGUUAUUGUGUUUCUUUAACAAAAAUAAUAACAUGAAUAUAUAAGUAAUGAAAAUGUUUUGAUGUGUCUAAAAGCAAUGUAAUGUCGGACGUACGAUUUUGGUUACAGAAAUCAAAAUUUUAUGGAUUACACAUAUUUUAGUUAUGGACUAUGAGUAGCAUCUUUUAAUGUAAAGAAAUAUAAAUUAAAAUUUUAUAGGUUAACAUUUCACUCAGGUCACUUAGGUACGAACUGUUAGGAGCAUAUUUUAAUAAGAAAACCCGUGCAUUGUUUGUGAUAAUAUUAGUAUAAAAAUAACAUAGAUUAGAUUUUUACAAAAUUUAAACAUUCUUUGGUUAUUUUUAUACCACUAUAAACUAGUACAUUUUCAGCCCUUUACUUAUUGCUCCCUUUAGCCCGUUUAGUACAACGAGGUGGCUCGCAGUGGCCACAAGAGCGUUGAUAACUACACUAGCUAGGAUACAGUGUACACUUUGUCAACUCUGCAGCUAGUAAAAAACCUAUUGUUUACCUUACGGUUAUCCUCUGAACUAUCCUAUGUCUUCCAUUUUUGUUUUGUUGUGUUUUGGUACGUCUCGUUUCGCGUCCAGUUGUGUUUGUAAAGUUUUUUUAUACAAAUGCUGGAUACUGUUAUAAUUAAAUACCAUAUAUUUUUCUGUGCUUAUGAAAUUCGAAGUUUGAAAACCAUCGGUUUACCUUUUUAAUUCAAAGAUGUAAACAAAAUGUAGGAAUGUUCGACGGGGUGCCUUCAAAUGUUUCGAUAUUCUUAUAUUUUGCUGUCCGCUGUAGUUUGUGUGAUAGUAACUUCAUUUUGCCAAGGAAAUGAAACCCCUUUACUGUUAUACUCCACUGUAUAUGAAAUACGCCUAGUUAAUUCUUCUAGAGCUUACAAACCAGAAAUCAUAUUUAAAAAUACAAAAAACUCAACAUCAUACAUAUCAACAUUUGAUUACCAUUAUGCACUUAGAAAAAUAUUUUGGGGUGACCAUGAAAACGAAAGUAUUUUCAGUAUCAACUACUAUUCAAAAGGAAAUGCUUCUAAUAAAGUAGAAAUUAUUAACGAUGUUAUAACACCAGAUGGUUUAGCUUGUGAUUGGAUAACCAAUAAAUUAUAUUGGACAGAUAGUGAAACAAAUAGAAUUGAAGUAGCCACCAUUGAAGGAAAAUACAGAAAAGUUUUAUUCUGGACUGAUAUUGAUCAACCACGAGCAAUUGCAUUAGUUCCGUCUGCAGGUUUUAUAUUUUGGACAGACUGGGGUGAAUUUCCAAAAAUUGAAAGAGCAAGUUUAGAUGGUAAUCCAAUUUCAAGAAAAGUGAUUGUUUCUGAUUACAUAUUUUGGCCAAAUGGAUUGACUAUUGAUUUGAAAACAAGCUGUGUAUACUGGACUGAUGGCAAACUAAAUUUUAUUAAAAAAAUGGAUUAUGAUGGAAAAAAUUUGGUAACAGUCUUAGCAAAAAGAUCUGGAUAUCCAUUUGCUUUGACCCAAUUCGACACCAAGUUAUAUUGGACUGAUUGGGAUCCAGGAGCGAUCCAUUAUUUUGAUACAGCAGGUCAACAAAAACAACCUACAGAACUACUACCAGUGCAAAACCCUAUGGCGAUACAUGUGUGGGAUUCUCGACAUCAACCAAAUAUUUCUAGCCCAUGUCAAACAAAUAAUGGAGGAUGUUCUCAUUUAUGUCUUCUGUCUCAAUAUCCACCAAAGUACACCUGUGCUUGUCCAAUUGGUUAUAAAUUAAUGGAUAAUUUAACUUGCUAUGAUAAGCCACAGGAAUUAUUGUUAUUAGCAAAAAGACCUGAAAUUCGAUUGAUAUAUUUAGAUUCCCCGGAAUAUAGUUCAAGUGCUUUACCACUUGAUGUAAAAUAUUCAAUAGCAGUCGAUUUUGAUCCAGUUGAGAACUACAUUUAUUGGUCAGAUGAUGAAGUUAGGAAAAUUCAGAAAGCAAAACUAGAUGGUACAGACCAACAGAAUGUUGUAUGGAGUGACAUAGAACACCCUGAUGGAAUUGCUUUAGAUUGGAUUGCAAGAAAUAUAUACUGGACUGAUGCCGGAACUGAUAGGAUAGAAGUUGCCACUCUUGUCAGAGGAUAUAGAAAAGUUAUUAUUAUGGAUAAAUUAUAUGACCCAAGAGGUAUUGCAGUGGCACCGGAAUUGGGCUGGGUAUUUUGGUCAGAUUGGAAUGAAAGAGAACCAAAAAUAGAGCGAUCCAAUCUUGAUGGUUCAGAAAGGCUACAAAUAGUUACCGAAGGAAUAGGAUGGCCAAAUGGUAUAACACUGGAUGUUAAAAUGAGAAAAAUAUAUUGGGGGGAUGCUAAAUUAGACAAAAUUGAAUAUGCAAAUAUGGAUGGAACUAACAGAAGAGAACUUAUAAAUGAUAAUGUGCCUCAUGUAUUUGGUUUCACUUUGAUGAAUGAUUAUAUUUAUUGGACUGAUUGGCAGCGACGAGCUAUCGAUAGAGCUAAUAAAGAAACAGGAAGUGACAGAGAAGUAAUUGUUGAUCAAAUGGAAAAUGUUAUGGGGCUUAGAGCUAUAAAUUUGAAUGCCUCCAUAGGUUGGAACUUGUGUAAAGAUAAUAAUGGUAAUUGCUCACAACUGUGCCUUUACAAACACAAUCAAGAAAGAAUAUGUGCUUGUCAAAUAGACCAUGAAUUGAAAAAAGAUGGAAAAACUUGUGUGAAGCCAAAAGCAUUUUUGUUGUAUUCAAAACGAACUAAUAUAGGUAGAAUUGGAAUUGAAAAUGAACAUUAUGAAAUUACGAUUCCAAUAGCAGGCAUAAAGCAUGCUAGUGCCAUUGACUUUGAUACAAACACAAUGCGUAUUUAUUGGAGUGAUAGCAAACUUCGCAGUAUAAUGAGAGCAUUUUUGAAUGGUUCUGAUAUCCAGAAAGUUAUAGAUUUAGGUUUAACAUCCCCGGAAGGCAUAGCUGUUGAUUGGUUAGGGUUAAAUAUAUACUGGACAGAUCCAGUGUCUCAUAGAAUCGAAGUUUCUAGACUUAUGGGUAGAAGUAGACGUACUUUGUUAUGGAAUGAAGCUUACGAACCUCACAGUAUUGUUGUAGAUCCCGAGGAAGGAUAUAUUUAUUGGUCUGAAUGGGGCUCUACAAAUUCAAUUAAAAAGGCCGCUAUGGAUGGAAAAAAUCAAUCUAAACUCAUAUCAACUGAUAAACCCGCCAACAGCCUUACAUUGGAUUAUGAUAAGAAACGAUUGUACUGGACCGAACGAGACACUCCUGCUAUUAUGUCGUCUGAUUUAAAUGGAAAUGAUCAGAAGAUCAUUUUCAAGGAAAAUACUUUUGAACCUGUAGGUUUGACACUCUACAAAGAUCUGAUUUAUUGGAGUGACAAUAAAACAGGUGAAGUGUUUCGUGCAAACAAAACCGAUGGUUCGAAUAAAGUAAGAAUUAAUAAAAUUGAGGGCGUAACUGAUUUAUUGGUACAUUACCAAUAUAAAAAUAGAAAUACAAAUCAGUGUGCCACAAGUAAUGGUGGUUGUUCUCAUCUAUGUCUUGCACUACCACCGAAAUUGGAUGAAGAACAAACAGGUUACACAUGUGCAUGUCCAAACCAUUAUACAUUGAAUCAAAAAGAAUGUAUACCUCCUAUUAAUUUCAUGAUAUUUAGUUUAAGAAACUUAAUAGUUAGGUUAGUUCCUGAUACAUCUGAUUGCCCGGAAGCAGUUUUACCAAUACAAGGUUUGAAAGCAGUAAAGGCAAUAGAUUAUGACCAAAGAACAAAUUAUUUAUACUGGAUUGAUAGUAAAUCUCGAUCGAUAAAAAAAUCGGAAGCAACGGAACAAAAAAUGGAGAGUGGCAAACCAAAAACCGAUAUGAAUAUUGUUUCAAGCCAUAAAGAAAUACAACCAUUCGACAUUGCUCUAGAUCCAGUGGGUAGAUUGCUGUUUUGGACUUGUGAAAUAAAUGAUGUUAUUAAUGUCACAUACUUGGAAAAUCAAAAUUCGUUUGGCAAUUUGGAAAAAAGAGAAAAAGAAAAACCACGUCUUAUUGCACUACAUGUAGAUAAAAGGUUACUAUUCUAUACAGAUGUUGGUAAAACCCCACAACUAGUACGUGUACGGUUAGAUGGCUCCCAUAGAAUAGUUAUUACUAAAGCAAGUAACAUAACUGCUAUAGCAGUUGAUACAGAAAAUGAUCUCAUUGUUUGGGCACAAGGACAUGGUAUUUACAUCAGUAAUAUCGAUGGAGAAAAUCAGCAUGUAGUACUGAAUGAAAGUAACUCUAUAAUAACCCAACUAACAGUCCAUCUAGGUUUCUUGUACUGGAUUGACAAAGAAUUAGAUCAACUGCAAAGGAUUGAAAUUUUAUCAGGAAAAUCUCGUUCAACUUUACCAAUACAAGCAACACAUAUACUUGAUUUGAUCUCUGUGAAAAAUUACACUGAAAACCUUUGCUCUAAAGUUACUCACAAGUGUUCGCAUUUCUGUAUUCAUAAUAGUACUUCAUUAAUAUGCGCAUGUCCCCAUGGAAAAAUCCUUAACGAUGAUAAGAGAACUUGCGUGGUACCUCCACAUUGUGGUGAUGAUAGAUUCACAUGCAACAUGCCGGAAAAGGACAAAACAGAGUGUAUACCAAUUGCAUGGAAGUGUGACCGUCAAAAAGAUUGUGGAGAUGGUUCAGAUGAAGCAGAUUGCCCAAAAUGUCUUCCUGAUCAAUUUCGUUGUUUAAAUGGGCAAUGUAUCGACAAAAAGAAUUACUGUGAUAAUUAUCCGCAUUGUAGUGACAGAUCAGAUGAAAAGAAUUGUUGUGAAAAUGGUUAUCAGUGUCCUCAAACUGAAGUGUGCCUUCCAUCAUCCUUAGUCUGCGACGGUAAUGAAAACUGUGCAGAUGGAUCUGAUGAAAAAGAUUGCAAAGCAUCUGGAAAACCCGUUGCUUAUACAGUUAUAUUAUCUGUUUUAGCUUGUAUAUUCGUUUUUGUCAUAGUUUCAAUUUUGUUAUUCAGAAAAAGGCUUUUGCCAAGAGAUGAAGAAGUGAACGAUCAAAUGGAAUCUUUAAAUCCGAUGCAUCCAAAUGCUACUGGAAAUUUGAAAUAUCGCAAAGGCAUACCAGACAUUGUUCGAAUGUCAAUGUUAAAUGAUAGUGGUUGCCCGUCAUCGUUUGAUCGAAGGCAUGUUACAGGUGCAUCUAGUAGCUCAAAUACUAAUGGUUCCAGUGUUACUGGAUAUCCAUGUGAGACUCUUAAUCCUCCACCUAGUCCUGCUACUACAGCUGCUUCCACAAGAGGAAGUAGUCCUUCUCGGUACCGACCUUAUCGCCAUUAUCGUUCCAUAAAUCAACCUCCACCACCAACUCCUUGUACCACAGAUAUAAACGACGAGAGCGACUACAACUACCCCUCAAGAGGUCGGUACGAUGGUGGUCCAUUUCCACCUCCACCAACCCCAAGAUCAGUGUGCCAUCAAGAAAGUUGUCCUCCUUCACCUAGCUCACGUUCGUCUACCUAUUUCAGUCCUCUUCCCCCUCCUCCGUCACCUGUUGCUUCGCCUAAAGGAGGUUAUGAUUCAUGACAUAAGAUUUUAAAGUUUUUGUUGAGAUUAAUGUGUAAAAAAAGUAUGUAAUUUUAUAUUUGACACUAUUGCUAGUUAUACAUAUAUAUUUAAUUAUUGUUAACGA